CCCGUCUGCAGAAUGACGACCAUGCUGCAGUAAGUUUAGAAGGAUUUGCUUUACAUUUAUUCUGUUUAUUUACUUGAUGUAAAACAAGAUGGAUUAACACUUUGACCAAAGAUGGCGUCACUUUAAUCGCUGCAGUGAGCUGACAGACAGACAGACAGACAGACAGACAGACAGACAGACAGACUGUGUGCCUACGACACGAGGACUCUGCACACUGCGUACGUCUGUGGAGAAAUGGUGAAUUAUCUUCGUCGGCAGUUUUGUGGAUCAAUACCGGACUCUGUGCUUCAGCUGGCAGGAUUCCGCCUCCACAGUGAGGAUCAAACUAAAGGUGGAGGACUAUGUUUGUACACAAACUGAGCUGCUGCAAUGAUGCGACUGUAAUCCCUGAUUUACAAGUUCCAGCGAUGCACCAGCUGGGGAACGACUCGAUGUGAGCAGUCGUCCAUAUUCAGAGACCACAGGUCCUUCUCCUCCAGAGGGCGCCUGUACCCCGUCACAAUCAUACUGAUGAUGACGAGGAGGGGGAAGAUACAACACAUGAGAUUAGCAAAAGACAUUGAAGCUACAUAGAGUCCGUCCAGAUGUUGCUCAGGUUGCUCGCCUCCGUCUGCAUCCUUGCAGCUGCAGCUGUUGCCGUGCCUCCUCAGGAGAAGCGCGUCCAUCACCACGCUGAUCUGAGUGACCACGCCCACGAUGAUGCUCAUGGCUUCCAGUAUGACCACGAGGCUUUUCUGGGCAAGGAGGAGGCCAAGACCUUUGACCAGCUGACCCCAGAGGAGAGCAAGGAGAGAUUAGCGAAGAUCGUGGAUCGCAUCGACACAGACAAAGACGGUUACGUGAGUCACGCCGAGCUUCAGUACUGGAUCAGACACCGGCAGAGACGCUACAUCGAGGAGAACGUCAACAAACACUGGAACGACUAUGACAAGAAUGGAGAUGGCAAGAUCGGCUGGGAGGAAUAUAAAAACACCACCUACGGAUUCUACCUGGACGGGGAGUUUGAUGACGUUGAAGACAAAGACACUUACAAGUCCAUGCUCACGCGGGAUGAGCGGCGCUUCAAGACAGCCGACCGAGACGGCGAUGGCGUCGCCACGCGUGAGCAGUUCACCGCCUUCCUUCAUCCUGAGGAGUUUGACUACAUGAAGAACGUCGUCGUGCAGGAAACCAUCGAAGACAUCGAUAAGAACGGCGAUGGAAAGAUCAGCUUGGAAGAAUAUAUUGGUGACAUGUACAGCACACCUGAGAGCGGGGAGUCCGAGCCUGAGUGGGUCCAGACGGAGAAAAACCAUUUCUUAGAGUUCAGAGAUGUCAACAAGGACGGUUACCUGGACGCUGGUGAGGUGGCCAUGUGGAUUCUGCCUGAGGAGGUGGACCAUGCCGACAAUGAAGCCAAACACUUGAUCCACGAGACGGACACAGACAAGGAUCAGAAAGUAACCAAGAAGGAGAUUCUGGCCAACUGGAACAUGUUUGUGGGCAGCCAGGCCACCAAUUAUGGGGAAGAUUUAACGAAGAGACACGAUGAACUUUGAUGAACCUUCACACUCCAGUAGAAGCUCUUUUGGCUUAUAUUUGUAUUAUUAUAGAUGGUUUGGUCACAGGGGCAUUUGGGUAUUUUGAAGGGGGGUAAACUGUCGUUGUUGAUCUACAUUCAUACACAAAGUCACACAGACCUUCUUAGUUCAGCAUGCAAUCACAUACUGUGUAUGUGAGUACAGGUGCUGCUGGUCUUUGUUUUUGUUGCAUAUGUUAUUGUGAGAAUUACGUGAAUUACGUCAAAAAACAUGCAAGAAACAAGAGAUUUGAUGACCCACUUUUUCUGAACUUGACUGUUGAAUAAAAUUGUUCAUUUUUUCCAA